ACAUUUAAGAAAUCUAGCAGUAAGGGUACCGAGGAGCUCCGAAAACCAAGUCAACUAGAUGAUGCAUCUGGAAAGAAUUGUUCUUCUACUCCAACAAUAGCCACAAAGAAAGUUCCUGCAGGUCAUAAACGCACGAAAUAUUCACAUGGAAAUGCUGUGCCAGUUAAUGGGACCAGGGCUACCAUGCACAGAAACACGCCAUCAAAGGCAAAAGAAAAUCUUGGAACCAGUGGCAGAUCUGUUAUAUCCCUAAAUUCUUCUACUUCUGAGCUCUGGGAUUCUUCUAAACAUUCAGCAUCUUCUCUUACGGUUGAGAUACCUGUGCCUUCUGGAACAACAGAUUUGAGCAACAAGAUUCUGCCUAAGACUUCUGAACUUGUUUUCUCUACCAUUUCUUCUGACUUGAAAAUUAGUAAUUCAGAGCCUUUGGCUGCUGAUCAUAAUGUUCAUGAACACUUUAGACCCAAAAUUGGUUCUGGUGUAUCUACAGAUUCAGCACUCUCACAUUGUAGUAAGCAAAACCAGGGACUUGAAAAGAGAAUUGCAGUGGGUGUACCUCCUUUAAAGUCUGGUUCUACAGCUACUGCACGUAGUAAUAUGACUCUUACUGCCAAGGAUCCUACAAAUUACAAGCAAAACCAUGGAUUUGGAAAGGGAAAAGUAGCAGACUUACCUACAAAAUCUGUUUCUACAAGUGCUGCUCACAAUAGUAUGAUUUUUUCAGCCAAAGAUCCUCCAAGUAAAUCUGGCUGCCCCCGUCCAGUAAAUUUACAAUCAAAGCCCACAGGAUUGAGAAUGCCUACCCCAAAGCAUGGUUUUUUUGAUACGGAAAAAGUUAUCCGCGCUCCACAUCCUGCUGUACAAAAGCGAUCUAGUAGUAAUCAUUUUCUGCCACCCAAGUCAAUUCCUAAAGGGCCAAGUGGUAUCCCUCAAGGUAGUAAACUAAAACCCCCAGGGGUCCCUCUGCCUCAUAAUAGGGGCACUGUACCGUCUGUCAUUUCCAUGGCAACACAUUUGAGGCCUGAAUCUGCAUCAGCAAGCUCUAUUGCAUCCAUUCCAGCUUCUCUUCCUCGGUUACAGCUCAAGACAGAUGUUGAGGGUUCAGGUUUGAGCUUGCUACCACAUCAAAAGUUUGGCCUUUCCCCAAGAGGUCAACAAGGUUCUGAUGACCAAAGAAGUGAUCAGAUACAACUUUCUUUGGGUGCAUGUAAUGCAGCUGCACAAUCAAGUUUCUCUGAGGUUGACCAUCAUAAUCAGAAAAGCACCUGUAGUGAUGUGUCAGAAGAAGAGCAGUCUCAGUUGUCCUUUGUGCAUGAAAAGCAUAAUUUACAAGAUAUAUCUCAUACGUGCUCAGAACAAAAAAAUGCAAAUGCAAAUGGUACAGUGACUUCAUCACUAAUAGAUACAAGUAAAGCUUCUGACAUGAAUGACAUUAGUUGUCUUCAACCUCAUUAUCAGUGUGGAACUGCAGUUGUUGCUGAAGCAACUAGAGUCUCUGCCUCUGAGCCUUUACAAUCUGAACAUUUGUUGUACUCAAUUCAUGAAGAUAUGACAAAGGUAUCUGAAGAGUUCAUGUUCAAAAGUGCAGCUAAAGAAAUUAGCUCAAAUCGAAGCCCUUUAGAUGUCAAUUCCAACCUGCUGAAUUCUCUUGAUCAUGGAACAUUCCAAAAGCAUGCGAAUGGACAGAAUUCAGUUGAUAACACCAAGUCACUUGCAUUGUCAGCUGUCUCAUCUCCCAUUUUGGAUGAUAUAGCAGAUAAAGAGAACAUGUUAGGACAUGAAGAACAAGCUAUGGACUCACAUGAAGAACAAGCUAUGGAUUCUCACCGAGGUAUAAACUCUAGCAGAAAGUUAGUGGAUGACAUGAACAUUCAAGUACAGAAUAUUAAGAAUCUUGAAGCUCCUCCUUUUUCAGAAGAGUGGCUACGAGCUAUGGAAGCGGCUGGAGAGGAAUUACUCCAAAUGAAAAGUGGGCGAGUGCAACAUUCACCACCAGAUAAAAUAGUUCCUGAACCAGGUCCAUGGUCUCCGGUACGACGCCAUAGUCAGCAAAUAGGUCCAUUUGAUUGUACUAAGUACACAAAUGCACCAGGUACCAGUGGUGAUUGCCAAGAUCAAUGAGAUGCUCUGAUGCUUCUGCAUUGUGCACGUCUUAACCAUGUUUAACUUGUUCAAAUUUUCAGCACCUACAGAGUAUAUCCUGGUUGAACUAAGAGUGAGUUUAUUGCAUCCCACUCCUAGCAAAAACUAGAUCAUUAUCAAGAGCCAUGAAUUGCCUAAUUUCCAAAGGCAUGUUCCAGUGGAAUUACUCAUGUUUCGUGUUUAAUUAGAUCAUUAUCAAGAGCCAUGAAUUGGUAUGGCAAAUUUGUAUAAGAGCAAUGUCUGGUAAAUAAUUAAUUUACAAUUUUGUUUUCUAAUGGAACCCAUCUAAGGGCUUUUGUGAUUUUUGACCAAGUUCUUUGUUGGCUUAGCAGCAGAUACUGAUCCUAUUUUGGUAAAAUUUCAGAAACAUGUCUGGAUUCCAGCCUUGGAAGUCAGUUGAAACUACAUUGGAAAUUUAGUAUAAUGGCCACUCAUGUCUUCUUGUGUUCAUGCAA